UUUCAACAACCAAUCAAAAUAUCUCUCUUUAUCUCUUUAUUACUGUUGGCACUUGUGUGUUUGCGUUUGUCAAUUUAAUACAUAUAUUGGAAGUGAGAAAAAGUAAAAGACAAUACACAUAUGCUCCGCACAAAAAGUAAUCGAUGUGUGAUAAAUGGUUCUUUGAUUGUCUUAUCCGCAAUAUGCCGACCGAAUGUCAGGUUAGGUCAUAUUGUGUAUGCCACGUUAUAAAAAUCAAUAAGUGGGAUGGUUCCGCUGUUAAGAAUGCUUUGGACGAUGCAGUCAAGGAUGUACUUAUAAGGAAAUAUAAUUAUAUAGAAAACUUUGCUCUUCUCGAUGGAAGGCUAGCACUCUGUGGAAUCGCUGUUACAAUAGCUAUUGUAGCAUUGUUGUGCGAUUAUUUAUAUCCAUUUCCCGCUUCCAAGCCUGUUCUAGUAGCUUGUGUUUCUUUGUAUUUCCUUUUAAUGGGACUUCUGACAUUAUAUACAACAUAUAAAGAAAAAGGAAUAUUUGUAGUUAUGAUCCAAAGAGAUCCAGCAGGUUUCAAUCCUGAUUUGAUCUGGGAGGCCAGUUCUUAUCUAAAAAAGUAUGAUGACAAAUACAACCUGGUGUUGUCGGUCAGGAGUGCAUCUUCUGGCGCUAUUAACGAGACUACUGUAACUAAAUCUGUUGCUAAUUUUAUUGACAUUAACGGUGUGGUGAUUACGGAUCUGGUAGAAGCUGUAGUGACAAGCAUGCAUGACAGUCUAACAGCGCAACGUAAAGAGAAGUAACAGUGUUUUACAAUCCGGCUGGUACCGUUCUUCUCUAUGUGAAUCAAUAAGUACUGUCACAGAUUUUCAGCUGUGUUUUAAAAUUUGCAAUAAGGUCCAUUUUGUUUUCAAUUUACAUAUAAUAGUGUUAAAACUGUGAAUUCAGAUAAUAUUCAUUUUCAUGUACUGUUAUUAUGUUAAAUAAAAGAAAUAUUAAAUCUUUUUUA